GCAGCCAGAACUGGCAACAGGGAGCUGAGCCUUAUAGCCUCAGCCGCACUCACUGAGCCAGCGGGACAGCCCGGCUCCACUCCGGCGAGUGGACUCCAGCCAGCGCAGGCUCGGACUCAGUGGCAGCGGAGAACCCCGUGUGACAGCUGACAGCGAAGGAGGAGGAGGAGGAGGAGGAGGAGAGAGAAAGGGGGCUUGUUGAUCAGUCGAGCUGCCCGGGACAUAUAGGACCUGGGUCCAGACACCGGGACUGUGGCUAGCUGGUAGCAGAACUCUGUGAUUUUAAUCCAAAACCUGCCCUCCAUGUCUCCUGACACAGUUUGCGGACUGAAGAUAACUGGAGGCAUCUGAUUGCCCCCUGAAACUGUUAAUCCUAUUCAAAGAGGCUUUCAUUCCAGACUUUGGAUGUAGGGUUCUAGAAGAAUGGAUCAGCUGUUAUUCUUGGUUACGUUGACCCUGGUGUGUGUGGAGGGAUCAUUAUUUACCGGUAAUGGCACAUCAGUGAAGCCCAGCAUCACUGAAUGUCGGCCCUCGCAAAAGGAAACGUUCACGUGUUAUUGGACUGAUGGAAAGUUACACAAUAUGUCAUCGCAAGGCUUGUUGAAACUUCAGUACAGGAGACGGGGGGAUGCAAACUGGAUGGACUGCCCAGACACUGUUUCUGCUGGGGAAAACAGCUGUUAUUUCAGUCAAACCUUCACGGAUGUUUCUAAGUAUUAUUGCCUUCAGCUUGUGAGUGAAGAUGUGAUCUUUGACUCGCACUGCAUAUCACUGGAUAACAUAGUGAGACCAGACCCUCCCGUUGCUCUGAGUUGGACAGUUCUUACUAUCAAUUCAUCCCAUCUUUAUAUGGACAUAAGGAUAACAUGGGAGUCUCCACCAUCAGCGCAAGUUGAGGACGGGUCAACCGCACAACAAUAUGAGGUCCAAUACAAGGAGGUCAAUAGUACUGAAUGGAGAGUGGCGGGUCUAACAAAUGCGACAUAUAUACAGAUAUAUUCUUUGAAAAUAGGAAAAGAAUACUUGGUCAGAGUUCAAAGCGUACACAGCGGAAGCCUUGAUCUUGCAGAAUUUAGUGAUAUUUUACACAUACCAGCAGUUACAAUGCCAGACACAUCAGUUCCACCCAGCAUCACUGAAUGUUGGUCUCCUCAACUGGAAACAUUCACUUGUUAUUGGACCUAUGGAAAUUUCUACCAUAUGUCAUCCCCAGGCUUGCUGAAGCUACAGUACCGGAGAUGGGAGCACGCAAACUGGGUGGACUGUCCAGAUACUGUUUCUGCUGGGGAAAAUAGCUGUUACUUCAAUCAAACUUACACUGAUGUUCGGAGGGCUUAUUGCCUUCAGCUUGUGGGCGACGGUGUGAUCUUUGACACGCGCUGUUUAUCAGUGGAUGAAAUUUUGAGACCAGACCCUCCCGUUGCUCUGAAUUGGACCCUUCUUAAUAUCAGUGCAUCGAGUCUUUAUAUGGACAUAAAGGUAACGUGGCAGCCUCCGCCAUCGGCAGACGUUAAAAGCGGAUGGAUCUUACUGCACUAUGAGGUUCAAUACAAGGAUGUUAAUAGCACAGAAUGGACAGCGGCGGGUCUAACACAUGCGACAUAUAUACAGAUAUAUUCUUUGAAAAUAGGAAAAGAAUACUUGGUCAGAGUCCAAAGCGUACACAGCGGAAGCCUUGAUCUUGCAGAAUUUAGUGAUAUUUUACACAUACCAGCAGUUACAACGCCAGACACAUCAGUUCCACCCAGCAUCACUGAAUGUUGGUCUCCUCAACUGGAAACAUUCACUUGUUAUUGGACCUAUGGAAAUUUCUACCAUAUGUCAUCCCCAGGCUUGCUGAAGCUACAGUACAGGAGACGGGAGCACGCAAACUGGGUGGACUGUCCAGAUACUGUUUCUGCUGGGGAAAAUAGCUGUUACUUCAAUCAAACUUACACUGAUGUUUGGAGGGCUUAUUGCCUUCAGCUUGUGGGCGACGGUGUGAUCUUUGACGAGCGCUGUUUAUCAGUCGAUGAAAUUUUGAGACCAGACCCUCCCGUUGCUCUGAAUUGGACCCUUCUUAAUAUCAGUGCAUCGAGUCUUUAUAUGGACAUAAAGGUAACGUGGCAGCCUCCGCCAUCGGCAGACGUUAAAAGCGGAUGGAUCUUACUACACUACGAGGUUCAAUACAAGGAUGUUAAUAGCACAGAAUGGACAGCGAUGAGUUUAGUUACUACAACAUAUGCGCCGAUAUAUGCUCUGAAACUAGGAAAGGAAUAUUUGGUCAGAGUUCGAAGCAAACAACAUGCAAACGAAUAUUUUGGAGAAUUUAGUGAUAUCUUAUACAUACAAGCACUUCCAAUUCCAGAACCUGAGUUCCCGUGGCUGCUCUUUGUUAUCAUCGGGUUAUCCUCCGUGUUGGUUGCCCUGAUGUUCAUCAUAUUCUUUAAAAAGGAUAGGUUGAAGGUCUUGAUUCUGCCCCCAGUUCCGGUUCCAAAGAUUAAGGGAAUAGACCCUGACCUAUUACAGAAAGGAAAACUGGAUGAAGUUAACUAUAUACUGGCUAAUCACGAGAGCUAUAAACAAGAACUGUGCAUUGAAGAUCCAUGGGUUGAAUUUAUUGAGCUGGACUUAGAUGACGCAGAGGACAAGACGGCAGGUUCAGACACUGACAGGCUUCUUGGAGAAGAACAUAUGAAGUCCCACAACUGCUUGGGUGUUAAAGAUGACGACUCUGGCCGUGCAAGCUGCUGCGAACCCGAUAUUCCUGAGACUGACUUCAGUAACAGUGACACAUGCGAUGGUACCUCCGAUACAGGACAGCUUCAAAACACAAAAGAAAACGAGGUGGAUCUAUUGUGCCUUAAUGAAAAACCGACCAUUGGAUCUCCUACAAACCUCCACUUGCCAAAUACAGAAGAUCUGAGCAGAAAUCCUGACAAUGAUAAGAUGUGGCCUUUACUUGUGAAUGAAAAUAAAUCAACAAGCAUUCCAGCCUCAAGCCAAAUGAAAUCAAAGUCCAGUAUGGAUUUCUAUGCCCUUGUAAGCGAUAUAACUCCAGCUGGACGACUUCUUCUCUCACCAGGUCAAAGAACGAAGACGGAGAAUGAGGAAUGCCGUGAGCCACCCAUUCUACAUCCUGUAAACCUUAUCACAGACAAUGCUUACAUAUGUGAAUCAGCCAUGACAGCGUUUUGUGCUCCAAAUUUACCUUCCCCGAGAGAGAGUCAACCAAGUAUGCCACCGAUUGCUAAGGAUGAGAGCUACUUCACCACAGAAAGCCUUAAUAUUGCUGCCAUGAAUUUUUGUCCAGCAGAUAAAGCUUCAAGCUUUCCUACAGAUAAGGCUUCGAGUUAUGAGAUGCCUGUCCCAGACUAUACCUCCGUUCACAUAAUAAACUGUCCACAAAGCCUUGUGCUCAACACCACCGUGCUGCCAGAGAAAGGUCGCCUCGCGCCAUGUGGCUAUAUGUCAGCUGACCAAAUGAGCAAAGUAAUGCCAUAGUCAGUUGUUGUAUGGUAUUUAAAGGCAUGAGCUUGUACAUUGAAACCAAAACAUUGUAUAAAGUGUUAAGUGGUUAUGUUAUGUAAAGCUAAAGCAGAUAUAUCUAAAUGUAAGAACAUGCCAAACAUUUAUGUCUUAGAAUGUUAAUGUGGGCUGUCCGUAGUUACUGUUAAAUUUGUGACACUAACCAUUGAAUUGUGUGUUCAGUGAGGCAGGGGUUACGUUAGAUCGGAAAUAAAAUGAUGCGUUUAUUACAAUUGGGAAUAAUGGAAAAAGAUAAAAAAAAAUAAACGAGGAAAUCAGGGUAGUUUUGAGUAUUGUAACGUUAAGCUUAAAGUAAUAUAUUUUGUUAUUAUCAAGCUUAAAGCAUGAAUUUUGAUAUUAUACUGCAUGGUCUCUCACAUAGCAGUUCAGCAAUUCUAGUCACUGCAGUUUAAUAUGUGGCUGGCCUCUGUUUCCGACAGAAAAUUCAAUUUUCUAGAGAACCGUUUUUUUUACCUCCAAAAACAUGUCUUUUUUUCUACUACAUAUUAAAUAUUUGCUGUAUUUGUACAUAAACUUAAAAAUCUACAUCUCAAGUGAAAUAUUUGCAAUAUUCAGAUGGGAUAUAUUCAGAAUAUUAAACUUUAUAUGCAGAGAGCCAUAACGCUUUUUGUAUUUUAACAUGAAUUUUUUUUUUUUUCUGCAGUGCAAUCAAUUUAACUUGUAAUAUAAUUUUUAAGGAUCUGUUUUUGUUUUUUGUUUUGUUUCAAAUUAAGAAAAAAAUAUUUUUAGACAAAUAUUGGUAUUUUAAGAUGGCAAACAUUUUAAUAUUUGUAAAAAAAAAAUUGGGAAAUACGGGCUAGUGGCAAGAGCCAAGCUAUGGCCAGGAAUAUUGCUAUUUUGCUCUAAAGUAAAUGAGUCUAUUGCGCAUGGCUUUCAAGGUUAAAAGUCUAGAGUCCUAGAAAUACGUUAUUUAGUAAGAGAAAAAUAUGCAUAAUAUAUACCUAAAUAUGUGAUUCUCUGCCAUUGUCUCCAACAACUGCAUAUAUACUCUAUGUCCUCAGCUUUUAUUUCCAACCGAUAAAAGGACAACAUUUUAAAAGAUUAAGAGUAUUAGAGGAUCAUAUUAUAUUGAAUAGGCGUAAAAUUGUAUUUUGUAAUAUCUGUAAGCAGGGGAAAUAUUAACGUUUAAUUUUAAGUAAUAUAUUUUAACAGAUAAAAAAAUAUAUAUACAAGCCUUUCCUGCUAGUUUAGGUUAAGGUGUUUAAAAUGUGAUCUGUAGGCAAUAUACAAAAACCACAUAUGCACGCACUCAACUCAACCAGCUAUGUUAAGUAAGUAAAUGUACGUGGAAGGGGAAUCUGUUGUAUAAUUUUCCACAAGACACAAAGUUUAUACAUACAGGGAAGGAAUAUGUGAUUAAGCGACAACUCUGUGUUUCACAAUGCGGAUCACUGAUUUUGCUGGUCUGAAUGACGUACAUAUAUAUAUAUAUGCAGGCAGAAUUCUAGAAUGUAAUAAUUCAGGAAUAGAGAUUUAGACUUGGCUAACUUGCUUUGUGAGCUGUUUUGUUCUGCAAUGCUAAGCCAGGUCUAGAACCGUAUGCAAAUCAGUCUUAACAGAACUGUAUGCAAAUCUGUUGUAAGAGACGUUUUGCGUAUGAGAACACGGACACCAUAUAAUGCACAAACAUCAUCCGCCAUUAGAAGUUGAUUGUAAAAUGUUUUGCCUUUUAGGUAAUAGCUAUUAACUUGCUGCUACAAUUUGUCUUACAAUUAUAUUAGUUGUAUUAUAAAUAUUAUUCAUGCUGGACACUAAUGGGUCUGUUCAACAAAAAUGGUAACGUCCAGUUGCUGUCCUUUGC